AUGAUAACACUAAUAAAUAUGUCUUCUUUUCAAUUUGAUUUUAACAAAGCUAAAAUAAAUAACAGAAAUAUUCACUAUAGAAUAAGAAGUGUUGUAUUUUUAACACGGGAUGUUACAAUUUUAUUUAUAAAAAUACAAAUAAUACUUAUAAAGUUGCUAUCUUUAUUAUUCUUAGGUAUCCUAAAACUAUAUUUGCUACAAAAGUAUUUUUUCGGGUACCUGAAUUAUAAUUUUUGUAACAAUAAUAAUACCUUCUAUAUUCUUAAGCAACAUUUAAUACAAGGCAAUUACAGCACUUUUAUUAAUCCUAAAAUUGAGUAUAUCAUUAUUAUGAUUUGA